UGUCAAGUGUCAGUAGUAGCACUGCCAGCAUCAAACAUUCAGAAAUAUGUCUCUACUUUUCAUCCUUUAGAGCCGUAGACGUUUAAAAAUAACUCUGGAGGAAGCCGUCGCCUUGUUGGAACUAUAUUUAGUUGUAAUGAUAAUUUCAUUUUCCUGGGCUAUUUAUUUUAUAUUCGUGUCGAAGCCAUUGUUUGGGAAAAACUAGCUAACGUUAGCAAUGUGUCGAUGACACAGACUGCAGUGCAGCAGAGGAGCUUCUUGCACGAACGUUAGUGAAGGAGGCCGAAUGGAUUUCUCCAAGUUUCUGGACGAUGAAUUUGACGUUAAAGACUGGGUGAAUGGCGCCUUCAAGGUGGUGCAGAAGGACGCGCCGGGGAAGGCGGACACACACGCAGCCACACUGGUCAUGAAACUGCAGCUUUUCAUCCAGGAAGUCAACAAUGCCAUUGAGGAGAGCAGCAAUCAGGCCCUCCAAAAUAUGCCCAGAGUGCUGCGAGACGUGGAGGCUUUGAAACAGGAAGCUUCUUUCCUUAAGGAGCAAAUGGUUCUGGUCAAAGAGGACAUCAAGAAGUUUGAGCAAGACACCGUGCAGUCAAUGCAGGUCCUGGUGGAGAUAGAUCAGGUGAAGAGCCGCAUGCAUCUAGCAGCUGAAGCUCUGCAGGAGGCAGACAAAUGGAGCACGCUGAGUGCAGACAUUGAGGAGACCUUCAAAACACAGGACCUUGCUGUAAUUUCCUCCAAGCUGACCAGCAUGCAGAACAGCCUGGCCAUGUUGGUGGACACACCGGACUACUCCGAAAAAUGUGUCCACCUGGAGGCUCUGAAAAACAGACUGGAGGCCCUGGCCAGCCCACAGAUAGUAGCAACCUUUAAUUCCAUGUCUAUAGUCGAAGCCAAGCUGUUUGUUAAAGUCUUCACAGAGAUAGAUCGAAUGCCACAGCUCCUUGCCUACUACUACAAGUGUCACAAGGGCCAGCUGGUGAGCAUGUGGCAGGAUCUCUCUCAGAGCGAGCUCAGUCUGAACCAGCAGCUGUCUGAAUUCUACGACACUUUGCUCUCCUCGUGGCACUCUCAGCUACAGUGGAGCAGCCAGGUGUUCAAGAACCCGUAUGAGGUGGUGACAGUGUUGCUGAUCCAAACUCUGGGGGCCAUGGUGCCAUCCAUCCCCGUGUGCUUGAGCACGGCCGUGGAGCGCGCAGCCCAAGAGCAGCGUCUCGACACCCUGCUGGAACUCCAUCACACCACGUCCACCUUCGGACACAGCCUGGAGGCCGCCAUGCUGCCACACCUGGGUGAGAACAAUCUGCUGAAGGUGAAUGAGCUGGUCUGCGCGCUGUACGACCCCUACAAACCUUAUCAACUACAGUAUGGCGAUCUGGAGGAAGCUCACCUCCUGAUCCAGAUCAGCGCUGUACCUUUGGAGCACGGGGAGGUAAUUGAUUGUGUGGAAGAGCUGAGCCACUCUGUUGGCAAGUUGUUCGGCCUGGCCAGCGCUGCUGUGGACCGCUGUGUCAAACUGACUGACGGACUGGCGGUGUGUGGCCUCCUCAAAGCCCUCAAGGCCCUCUUCACCAAGUAUGUGUCUGACUUCUCCACAACACUGCAGUCAAUCAGAAAGAAGUGUAAACUGGAAGAUGCUCAAAGUUCAUCUGUUUUCCAGGAGGACUGGACAGCCUUCCAGAACUCUGUCAGGAUUAUUGCCACUUGUGGAGAAUUACUUAGACAAUGUGGAGCCUUUGAGCAGCAGCUGUCAAACAAGAUCCUGGGCACGGCGGGUAAAUACUUGUCAGAGUCAUACAGCCCACGCAGCCUGGCGGGCAUCCAGGAGGCCAGCUCCACAGAGAGGAAGAGCGCCACCAAGAACCCCUGGCAGGAAUACAACUACCUUCAGAGGGGAAACAUGGCUGAAUACAACAGCCUGAUGGAGGUCCUCUACUCCCUAAAGGAGAAGGGUACAGGUAACUCCAGCCUGUUAGCAGAGUCCAGAUCUGCUCUGACCAGACUCAACCAGCAGGCCAACCAGCUGGCCUUCGACUCCGUCUUCCUGCAGAUCAAACACCAGCUCUGCCUCGUCUCCAAGAUGGAGAGACAAGAGGCAGCUGGUUUUGGAGAGAGCUACCAAGAGGAUCUGCCUACUUUCAGCCUGUCACCGCAGGAAUACAUUACAAAUAUUGGGCAGUAUCUGAUGUCUCUGCCUCUCCACUUGGAGCCAUUUGUGACUCAGGAGGACCCGGCACUAGAGAUGGCCCUACAUGCUGGGAAGCUGCCUUUCCCUCCAGAACAAGGCGACGACCUUCCCGAGCUGGACAACACAGCCGACUACUGGCUGGGCUCCAUCGCUCGGGCAACCAUGCAGACUUACUGUGAUGCCAUCCUGCUCAUUCCUCAGCUGAGCCCCCAUUCCACUAAACAGCUGGCCACAGAUAUCGACUACCUGAGCAAUGUGAUGGACGCUCUGGGCCUGCAGCCUUCCCGCAGCCUGCAGCACAUCGUCACCCUGCUGAGGGCCAAACCAGAAGACUACAGACAAACCGCCAAGCUGCUUCCCCGUCGCCUGUCCUCCACCAUCGCUGCCCUCCGGUGCAUCGACUACUAACAGCAAGGGAAGGAAAGAUAGACCCUGUAGGUAUAGUGGCUGUCAGAGCGGCACCAGGACUCGCAGGCGAUUUUGACCCAUUCCCAGGUUGUUUACGAAAUGAAGAAGAUUAUGAUAUCAAUAAUAGCUGGUUAUGUUACAGCCAAUUAAGUCUCAAAUUUGGGGCUGCAGCAUUUUAGGAUUAUAGUCCUGUCCGAGUGGGAUUCACAGGAAUGUUAAGAGAUUGAAAUCAGGGUGGUUCAGACUUUUUUAUACUGAUUAUUGUUGAGCGAGACUUUGAAUGAUGUCUCACCAGUGAUGAUGCCUUCAAGUCAAGCCAGAGGAUGAAAGCCUCUUGACUAUACAUGUUUAAUUUUCUGCAGUUUUAAGUUGCUGAUGCAUCAAGGGAAGGAACAAAAUGUGCAUCAGAGGAUGUGUGCGAGUUGGAAAUCUCUACAGCCAAUAUGUAUUUGUUGUUAAUUAUUUGUCAUACUAAUAUAAUUCAUUCUAUUAAGGUUAUACUUCUGGUAUGAGCUGCAUUGUUUUCUGGUCAGUGUGAAGGUGAAGGGGUUGUAGUAAGGGCUGGGGAGAUAGUAUGGAUAAUCUCUGUGUGGACAUUUUCCCAUAUUUUUCCAUGCAGUAUUGUGAAAAUCUCUACAUAAAACACUGACAUAAACACUAAAAUAGAGCCUGCUGUGUUACUUUUCUUCAACUACACUGCUCACAAAAAUUAAAGGAGCACCUUAAAGAAACACAUAAGAUACAUCAGAUCAAAAUAUGAAGUUGGAUAUCUAUACCAAUAAUGACAGGGCACUGUUUUAGGAACAAAAGGAUGCCAAGUCUUUUAAUGGAAAUAAAAGUUUUCAGCUUACAGAGGGCGCAAUUGUGUAGACACCGUAAAAUCAGAGUGAAAUGAAGAUGUUAAGGGCUAGUCCAUUUUUUCCAAAACUUAAUUUUUGCCACUCAAAAUGCUUUUCAGUAUCUUGUGUGGCCCCCACGAGCUUGUAUGCAUGCUUGACAACGUCGCGGCAUGCUCCUAAUGAGACGACGGAUGGCGUCUUGUGGCAUUUCCUCCCAGAUCUGUGUGAGGGCAUCCCUGAGCUGUUGUACAGUCUGAGGAGCAACCUGGCGGCGCCUAAUGGACCGAAACAUAAUGUCCCAGAGAUGUUCUAUUGGGUUUAAGUCAGGGGAUCGUGAAGGCCAUUCAAUUGUUUCAAUUCCUUCAUCCUCCAGGUACUGCCUGCAUACUCUUGCCACGUGAGGCCGGGCAUUGUCGUGCAUUAGGAGGAAACCAGGACCUACUGCACCAGCGUAGGGUCUGACAAUGGGUUCAAGGAUUUCAUCUCGAUACCUUAUGGCAGUCAGAGCACCAUUUCCUAGGCAGUAGAGGUCUGUGCGUCCCUCCAUGGAUAUGCCUCCCCAGACCAUCACUGACCCACCACCAAACCUGUCAUGUUGAACGACGUUGCAGUCAGCAUAGCGUUCUCCUUGUCUUCCCCAGACUCUUUCACGUCUAUCACAGGUGCUCAGGGUGAACCUGCUCUCGUCUGUGAAAAGUACAGGGCGCCAGUGGCGGACUUGCCAAUUCUGGUGUUCUUGAGCAAAUGCCAGUCGAGCUCCACGGUGCUGGGCAGUGAGCACAGGGCUCACUACAGGACGUCGGGCCCUCAGGCCACCUUCAUGAAGUCUGCUCCUGAUUGUUUGGGUAGAGACAUUCACACCAGUGGCCCUCUGGAGGUCAUUCUGUAGGGCACGAGCAGUGCUCAGCCUGUUCCGCCUUGCACGAAGGAGCAGGUAUCGGUCCUGCUGAGGGGUUGAGGACCUUCUACGGCCCUGUCCAGCUCUCCGAGAAUAACCACCAGUCUCCUGAAAUCUCCUCCAUGUUCUGGAGAUUGUGCUGGGAGACACAUUAAACCUUCUUGCUGCAGCACGGGUGGAUGUGCCAUCCUGGAGAAGUUGGACAACCUGUGCAACUUCUGUAGGGUUAAGGAAUCGCCUCAUACUGCCAGUAGGGAUAUUUACGCAAGCCAAAAUCAGCACGAGUGGAAAACCAGCCGAAAAAGAUGAAGAGGGAGAAACUUGAAAUGACCUCCACAUGUAAAACCAGUCCUGUUUUGAGGGUUUUCUAAUUGUUGCCACUGAAGUGCACCUGUUG